GAGAUGAGAUUUGUGACAUGUGGAUUGACACGGAAGUUAUUAAGGAGCGAACAACUAAUAGGAUUUUUAAUCUGACUACGGAAUGUGCUAAGAAAAUUGUGGCUGCCCCGGGAAAGUGGGACUCUGGGCGGUAUGGAGUUAAGAGAACAAAAAAUAGUCAUCAGUGAACUUUCAAACCUCAAGAAGGGUCGGAAAGUAUACAUACAGCAGGGCAACAGCAACAUCUUCUUUCUUGCUGAUCGAUCUCAGACCUUCAGUGAAUGCAAAAAAAAAUUGGAUGACAUGAUCCAUACUCAGCAAGAGCUUGAAGACUCCAUACAAACUCCAGUUAAUAAAUAAUCUUGGGUCCUUCCAAGAACAACAAUGUGUGGCAUUUGUUGCUUGGUUAGUUUUGCAGGUAGCUCUAUAGACAGAUCAUGUCUUCAGGAUGAUGAAAAUCUUAGAAACAGAGGUCCCAGCAGCAGCCAACAGCUAAAUAGGAAUAACCCAUCACAUGGAUACAAUUGUUAUUUCUCUGGACAUGUUUUACACCUUAGAGGACCGUUGACACCUCAGCCUCUGAAAGACAAAAAUGGAAAUGUGUUUCUAUGGAAUGGAGAGUUGUUUGGUGGAAUUGAAGUACCAUAUGCUGAAAAUGACACUCAGAUAAUGUUUCAGCACCUCUCUAAAUGUGAUGAUGAAUCCAAAAUCAUGUCUCUCUUUGCUAAGGUGAAAGGUCCAUGGGCCUUUAUCUACUAUCAGGCUAACUAUCACCAAUUAUGGUUUGGAAGAGAUUUUUUUGGUAGGAGGAGUCUUUUAUGGAAAUUCACUGACGAUUUAAACAAGGUUUUCUCUCUAAGUUCAGUAUCAGAGUGCAGGUCUGAAUCAGACUCUGAUGAUUGGCAGGAAGUUCCAGCAUCUGGACUCUUCAGAUGUGACCUACAGUCAAGUGCCAAGUUAAAAUAUAUAGAAUUAACAUGGUAUCCCUGGAAGACUGCUUCAGAUAUUCUGCCAACAAAAGAAUCUCAGAUUUUAAAAUCUUCCUCUUUAGUUUCUAUUGUACUUGGAAAAAGUAAAUGGUUAACUGCUCCAGUUUCUCCAUUAAAUAAACAGAUCCCUGAAGAGUUUAAAAAAUCGCAUAACAUCAGUUCUCAAAACAAAACUGCUGUAGAACAUCUUAGGAUGCUGGCCACAGACCAACACAAAAAAAAUGCUCAGUCUCUUAUAAAAAUUUUAAGUGAAGCUGUAAAGAGAAGGGUUUUAUGUCUUCAGCGAGAAUGUAAUUUAAUGUCAAAUUCUGAAAAAAAUGCAAAUGUUGCAAUCCUGUUUUCUGGUGGUAUUGACUCAAUGAUUUUAGCAGUGCUUGCAGAUCAUCAUGUUCCACCCGAGGAACCUAUUGACCUUCUCAAUGUUGCCUUCAUGAUGAAAGAACAAAAAUCCAGUGGUUUAAAAAAACACCUACCUAAGUGUACUUUGCAAAUUGCAAACCCUGACCGUCCUACUUCGUAUUCUCAAUUUGAUGUUCCUGAUCGUAUCACUGGCAGGUCAGGUUUCGAAGAGCUCAAAGCUUUAAACCCAUCAAGAACUUGGAAUUUUGUGGAAAUUAAUGUUACACUACAAGAACUCCAGGAAAUGAGGCAACACCGCAUUUGUUAUUUGGUACGACCUCUCAGUACUGUUUUAGAUGAUAGUAUUGGCUGUGCUGUCUGGUUUGCUUCAAGAGGAAUAGGUAUGCUGACGAGUAAUAAUGAGAUGAAGCCCUACAAUAGCACGUCAAAGGUUGUGCUAACAGGGAUUGGUGCAGAUGAGCAACUUGGUGGCUAUUCUCGUCACCGUGUAAGAUUUAAUAGUCUUGGGUAUGAGGGUCUCGUGGAAGAACUGAGCUUGGAACUGGACCGAAUUGCUUACAGAAACCUUGGUCGGGAUGACCGUGUCAUUGGGGACCACGGAAAAGAAGCAAGAUUUCCAUUUCUUGAUGAAGAUGUGGUCACAUUCUUGAACUCUCUACCAGUGUGGGAAAAAACAGAUUUGACGUUGCCACGGGGUAUUGGAGAGAAAUUAAUUUUGCGUAUUGCAGCCCUCGAGCUCGGGCUUAACUUGUCUUCGGUUUUGCCAAAGAGAGCAAUGCAGUUUGGUUGCAGGAUAGCAAAAAUGGAAAACUGCAACGAAAAGGCAUCAGACACAUGCACCAGACUUAUGGCAGGUUCAAAGGAAUGAUGGACUCAAGUUUUCUCUGAUUGUCUGCACCAAAUUUGUUUGUAAAUUCUUCCCAGAUACAGACUAUGAAUUCUAAUUUGCUUAUUAGAGUUUUUGACUUGCUGAAAUGUUAUAUGAAUUUAAAUGUGCUUUUUUUAAGUCCAGUUGUAUCCAGAUGGUUUACCAGAAAUAAAGGCUUGUUUCCACUUUUUA